UUCAUUUCCGUAUUUUUCUGCACCAUAAAAAUUUGCUGGAAUUUGUUCACAUUGCCUUUUGAGCUUUUUUUUUACCAUAUUUUGUUGCCAGUUAUUGUUAAAUUGGAGGAAAGUUCAGGACUUUAGGUGUUUUAGAGGCUAUGUCUUCCAGUAAGCUAUCUGGCUCGGCUUCAAAUCUCAAUUUUGUGCCCAUUUUUUAGUGUGCCGGAAGGUUUGUGUUGUGCUAAAUGCAUGGUUGUUUCUGCUGGAGUGGUUUAUGGGAAUGUCCUGAAUUCGGCAGUUUUUGUUCAUUCUGUUAAGGACCUAAGGUGUUCCCCAAGUGCUAGUUUUUGUUGUGAGUUCCAAAGUUUCUGAAUUCUGUGAGUUUUUGGGAAAAGGGUUUAUAAUCUUUUGCAUGUUGCUUGAAGCCAUGACAUCAGUUAUAGGCUUUCCGGGUCCGCAUUUUUGUGUGUUGAGUUCGGAGAACAAGCUUCGGUUUCGAGUGCAGGUUAGGAGUUUAGAUAGUAAGGAUUCACCAGUGUUGUCAUCAGAAUCAUUUGUUUCUAAUCGUGCUUCCGUAAUCGAGGAGAGGGAGGAUAGGAGAGUGAAUGGGAGUUUGAGGUUUGAAGUUAAGGAGGAGGAGAAGAGGGUGGAGGAUGGUGGUGGUCUUGAAAGUUUGAAACCUUUGUACGAUGAUGGAUAUGGGACUGUCACUGUAAAAGAUUAUUUUCAUGCAAACAAGGAGACGAUUAAGCCUGACGGCGGACCUCCCCGGUGGUUUUCUCCCAUUGCGUGCGGGCGCCCAUUAAACGAUUCUCCGAUUCUUUUGUUUUUGCCUGGGCUGGAUGGUACUGGCUGGGGCCUCAUUUUGCACCACAAAGCUCUUGGGAAGGCUUUUGAAGUUCGAUGCCUGCAUAUUCCUGUUAAUGAUCGAACACCAUUUGAAGGGCUGGUGAAAUUUGUCGUAGAAACUAUCAGGCUUGAGCAUGCUUCAUGUCCAAACAAGCCAAUUUACUUGGUAGGAGAUUCCUUUGGAGGAUGCCUGUCACUUGCUGUUGCUGCACAUAAUCCUACCAUUGAUUUAGUAUUGAUACUAGUCAAUCCAGCAACAUCGGUUGAAAGGUCUCAGCUGCAACCUCUGUUCCCAAUCUUGGAGGCUAUGCCUGAUGAAUUACAUUUUGCAGUUCCCUAUCUACUUGGCUUUGUUAUGGGUGAUCCAACAAAAAUGGCGAUGGUUAACAUUGAAAAUAGGCUUCCUCCCAGUUUAAAGUUAACACAAUUGUCUCGCAACCUGACUGAUUUGCUACCAUAUCUCUCUUCUUUGGCUGAUAUUGUACCGAGGGACACUCUUCUUUGGAAGCUGAAGCUGCUCAAAUCAGCUGCUGCUUAUGCAAAUUCCCGUCUCCAUGCUGUUAAAGCUGAAGUGCUAGUGUUGGCUAGUGGCAAAGAUUAUAUGGUCCCAAGUCGAAAUGAAGCAGAACGACUAGCACGUUCGUUACAGAAUUGUACAGUACGACACUUCAAUGACAAUGGACAUACUCUAUUACUAGAAGAUGGCGUUAAUUUGAUGUCAGUUAUAAAAGGCACUUACAAAUACCGUCGUUCAAGGAAGCAUGAUUAUGUCUCAGAUUUUCUUCCUCCUAGUAUGUGGGAAUUUAAAAAUGCAUCUGAUAAACAAUUCAGAUUAUUAAGCCUAGCUACUGCUUCCGUAAUACUCUCAACGUUGGAAGAUGGGAAAAUAGUGAGAGGUCUUGCUGGAGUUCCUAAUGAAGGACCUGUCUUACUUGUUGGUUAUCACAAUUUAUUGGGAUUGGAACUGAAUUCUUUAGUUGAAGAAUUUUUAAGAGAGAAGAGCAUAAUCGUUAGGGGAGUAGCACAUCCAGAGCUGUUUUGGGGCAAGAACGGGACCUCGGCCCAAUUUGACUUUCUCAAACUAUUCGGUGCAGUACCUGUCACAGCAAAAAACCUAUUCAAAUUGCUUAAAACAAAAUCACAUGUUCUGCUUUAUCCUGGUGGUGCACGUGAGGCUCUCCAUAAGAAGGGUGAAGAAUACAAGUUAUUCUGGCCUGACCAACCGGAAUUUGUGAGAAUGGCUGCAUGCUUUGGGGCCACAAUUGUACCAUUUGCGGCUGUAGGAGAAGAUGACAUACUAGAAUUGGUUCUUGACUACAAUGACCUAAUGAAUAUACCAGUGGUGAGUGACUAUCUCAAAGACGCUAAUCGCGAUGCUAUAAAACUAAGGGAUGAGUCAAGUGGGGAGGUUGCCAACACACAACUCUUUUUUCCUGGGGUUGUACCGAAGAUACCAGGACGGUAUUACUAUUUGUUUGGGAAGCCCAUAGAAACAAAGGGAAAGAAAGAGAUCCUGAAAGACAAAGAAAACGCGAACGAAUUGUACUUGCAGAUACAAUCUGACAUUGAAAACAGUUUAGCAUACUUAAUUAAGAAGCGGGAGGAGGAUCCUUAUAGGAAUAUUUUUGACAGAACAGCAUAUCGGGUAACGUAUUCCUCUGUAGAGGAAGUUCCAACGUUUGAGCCUUGAAAAUUUGAUUUUGUUGGAUAUGUUCUUGUUUGUGGUGUAUAAUUAUUUUUCCAUGGAAGAGGUUUGUGUACUCCACUAGUUAAUACAAGGUUCACAUUCGUCCAAA